UAUUUUCGCCCGGGGUUCGUGGUCGUCAUCGUCGGAUGUACACUUACGGGGUUGAGCACUAUUGUCGUGGGCCUGAGGUAUUAUUGUCGGUUUUGGCGGAUGGGGACUCUCGGUGUGACGGAUCAUUUGAUGUUAACUGCGGUGGUGCUAACCUGGGGCAACACGGUGGUGAAUUACUACCAAGACGACACGAGUAGGCGCUUUAGACCGACUGCCUUUAGAGACCCUGCCAAACGCCCCAAAAUCGAAGCCGCCCUCCGCGGCACCCUCAUAACCUGGUACAUCUACCGCAUCACCUACACCAUCGCGCUCCUCUUCGUCAAACUCUCCAUCCUCUUCUUCUACCGCGCCAUCGCCUCGCAGGUCACCUUCCGCCGUCUCGUCAACGCCACCAUCACCCUCCUCAUCCUAUACACCUUCUCCGUGACCAUAGCGAGCAUCUUCCAGUGCGAAAACCCAAGUGAUGCCUGGAGCACCGCAGCCUACAUCAGCCAAUUCGACGGCGUCCCUGGCCGGGCCCCGCGGCCUAAAUGCUUCGAACCCACGCGCCUCUGGGCAGCCACCGCCGCCGUCAAUCUCUUCUCCGACGUCGUUAUCCUCCUCCUCCCUAUCCCCACGCUGCUCAGCCUGCGCGUCCCAAUGAACAAGCGCCUAGCCCUCAUUGGCAUCUUUAGCAUUGGCAUCAUGGCCGUGGCGGCGAGUUGUGUGCGUCUCUGGGUGAUGGCGCUUUGGGCGGAGAGUCCGUACAAUAGCGCGAGGUUUGGGGCCGAUUUGUUGCUUUGGGGUCAGGUGGAGACGAAUAGUGGUAUCGUGAGUGCGAGUGUGCCGUUUCUGAGGUUGGUGUUUAGGGGGAGAAGGAGAAGGAGGGAGGAUACUGAGGAGGAGGGUGACAAACGGGCUUGGGUGAGUCCUAGGCUUGAAGGGAAUCCGGAAGCUGGAGGAGAGGGAGGGGGGAGUGAAGGGAGUGGAGCUAGGAAGAUGGUGGGGAGUAUGGAGUUUUUCGAUGCGGAAAAAGGGGACGAUGGUGGGGUCGCGGGUGGGAAGGGGAGCCCUCUGUGGGAAGGAUUCAUAACAGUGCCGGCGAGUUUGGGUUCGAGUGCGAGUAGGGAUUCC